AUGUCUAAAAUUGCUACUUGGUCUGCUGGUGUAUCCUAUGAAGAUGAUAGAGAUGAGGAGAAAGAUCUGCUCAAUGACGAUGAAUUCAUCCUAGAAUUUAUAGACAACGCGAGAUCUGCUAAGCUUAACCUAGCCAUGAAUGCUAUCUAUGAAUUUGAAGCUCGUUUGAAGCAAUUCGACGAAAAUACCAUCAAAGGAAGUUUAGAUGAAUUGCUCGGGUUGUAUAGUGCAUCUACUCUCUCUCUACAAAAAUUUAGAUUGGAAUACUUCAAUUUCCUUCCCAAGUUAUUCAAGCAAUUCAAUCAGUUCAUAGACCAUGCGAUAAGCUGGCAAUCGAAGGAGUUUACUAGACUCUCAAAGACUAGUGCAUAUGCUAAUAACACUCACACGUUAUUGCACCAAUCAUUGGCUAUCAUCGAAGCCCAGGUGGAGUCACAGGGAACCAUAUCUGAGCAGUCAAUCAACUUAUUGGCUUUUUCGCUUGAUAUUCAACUUUCUUUAAGGGAUGCUCAAUUAAUGAAGCCUUCUAUGUCACUCUCUGCAUUCGUGUUAACACGUAGACUUAUCCGUCAACAUCAUUCCAUCAUUCCUUCAGUCUUGUCGCAUAUACUCAACAAACCUAGUACCACAUAUGCACCAUUGCUUGGUGUAGCUAUCGAUGUCGCUCUGCGCCUCAGAGCAAAAGGCGAGACCGAGAAAGGUGCGAAAGGCGGUCUCGGUUGGUCAUAUGUCAAUGACCAGAAGGACAAUAUCAGGAAAUUCUACGUCGACAACAUCGUCGCGUCGAAGACUCCAGUUUCUGCACGUCAUAGAGACGCUUUGCUCGAUUACGUUGGCGAAUUUGUCGAAAAGACUGAGUUAGAGAAGGAUAUCAUCCCAGUCACAGAAAAGAUGUUGCUGCGUUUACCUGACAACACUCUGCAGAUUGUGAUCUCCAUUCUUACCAAGUACAAGGGAGAUCUUGAAGGUAUCAUUACUCAUUUCAUUUCAGCUUUGGUCUCUGUCACAAAGAACCAAAACCCAGAUGUUAGAGCACUAGGCCCACUUUUCGUACAGACUGUUGUUAAAGCAAAUGACGAAUUUGGAAGAGCUUUCGAUUGGACGCCUUUUGCUAAUGAUAUUAUCAACAUUCCAAAGACAAACAAGACAGCUUCACCAGACCAUCGGUCUACCUUGUUCACUCUCUUGAACUACAUUCCUACUGGUGAUGAAGUAUCCAAGUCUAUCACAGAAACCCUUCCACCACUUAUCGCUAAGGAAAACAAUGAUGGUGCCAUCCAAUCACUUACAAGCGCGCUCUCACCCCACCUUGCCCAUGCCAUCUCAACUGGAAGCACCUCUGCAAGCACUUUCACUCCUCUUGUUAGUGCUUUAAGCUCUACCAAGCCUGUCGUCAAACGUGCAACUGGUGCUUGUGUUGGUCAAGCUAUCUGGUCUAUCAACGAUUUCACAACGAUUGAACCAUUUGUUAAGAUGAUCUUGCCAGCAUUCGACGCUGAGCUUAAGGUUAUGACAACGAAUGCUCUCACUGCACCAGCUGGCGCACUUGUAGGUUACAUUGUUGUUGCUGCUAUGUCACAUCUCGCUACCCUCGAGGGUGUUUCAUCUGAUGUGAAGGCCUUCAAAGAGAGCCAAAAUAUGAAGGCUAUCACGACUCUCGGAGCCAAGCCUUCAUUUGUAUUGAAUGACAAAGUCUAUAAAAAGCUCACGUCAUACACUGAGGAAACAUGGUUCAGGAGAUCGCUGCAAGCUGUAGCAGGUGAUAGCAACAUCGAAUUCAGCCACGAGCUUUCCACAGCGGUUGGACAAGCCUUCCUCCACCUUGCUAUCAACUCGCCAAACAGCGAGACCCGCAGAGAAACUCAAGAGACCAUCCGUGUGCUCUCCGAGAAAUCGACCGCUCGCACAUCUGGCUUCAUACUCGAUGCUAUCGCCAUGUCUGUAGAGUCUGGUCUGAGCACCUCUAGAGUUGCAGGACCAGUGCUGGUCGCAUCUGUCUCAACCUUAGCGGACAAAUCCGAGCGUGAAGAAGCAGUCGCAAAGUCACUUCUUCUCGCCCAUCACACCUUCGUUGAUGGCAACAAUCGUGGUACAUGGAUUGAGUUGACUCAACAUGCUCAAGUUGAUGCUCGUACACUUGUAAAUGAACGCGCCAAGGAGUUGUUCGAAGUUACCAAAGCAGGUUCAGCUAAUCCAAACACUGCUCAAGCCGCAUCUAGAGCACUUACUACUCUCACUUUUGUAGCACCUUCAUUAAUCGUUCCAAUGGCAGUUGAACAAGUCAAGCAAGAUCUCGAACCAAAGUCCUUACACUUCAUCGAUACCGUUGCAGUCGGUAUGUGGAGAAUGCCGGAAGGUAUUGCAUUUGUCGAUGUACUCGCGGCCAAAAACAAUCAAGCUCAGGAUAAGAAUAGGAAGGGUUAUGCUAUUGAACAAUGGGAGAAUGAGAUUAGAGAAUCUAUUGCAGCUAAGAAGAAGACUACGCAAAAGCUGUCACCAAAAGACAAGGCUGCCGUUGAUGCCCAACUUGAAAAAGAAAAAGCAGUCAGAAACCAUGUUCAGGAAGUUUACGAGAAGUUGCGCAUUGGUCUGAUGUCAGUGAAGGCAAUCUCAGCUGCUCGUGUCGAUGAGCUUAAGCCAUACGUCUACGACUUGGUAUUGCUUCUCCUUAAGGGUGCCUUACUCAAGGGUAGUAUGCUUAUUGAACAUGAUGCCGUUGAUGCUUACUUGACACUUGCUGAUUGUUGCGCUGAGAAAUUGGGUGUCACAAAGCACUCAAUCGCUUACGCUACCUUACGUGCUUACAACAUUCCGUUCAUCCCACAAGAAUACUUGUUUGAGAACUUGGGUGAAUUGACAGCACGUAUUCUCUUGCGUGUCAAGAGUAUCAGUGAUAACAGCUUAUUAGAUGCUACCACAUUAGGUUUCUUGAUGCCGCUCAUCGAUAAAGUCAUCCUCGAAACUGGUGUUGGAGUGUCUAAAGAAGACUCCGACGCAGCUGAAGAGCAAUUAACUUUGUCUUUAGGUUUACUCUCCUCCCACAGUGCUGCCUUCUCUGAUAUCAACUACCCACGUGCAGCCAUAAUCAAGGUUCUUCUUAAGGCUAUCGGUACAUAUACUAGACAUUCAAAGGAGGCUUCAAGCACCUUGAUCAACAUCGGUGCAUCAAUGCGUGAGAACGCUACAUUUGAAGAAUGUGGCAUUCUCAUCCAAGGUACUCUUGCUGAUGAGGUUUAUGUUCGUUCAUCUUGCUUGCAAGCAUUACAGCCGAUCGAUAUCACCGAUAUUGAAUUCCCAACUGAGCUCUGGCUUGCUUGUCACGACGAAGACGAGCAGAAUUCAAGAUUAGCCAAUCACCUCUGGGAUGACAAUGGUUUGGAUGUUUCAGAAGACUUUUUAGGAAAGUUGAUACCUUACCUCGACCACGAAAACGUAUACGUUAGAAUUGCAUCAGCAAAAGCCAUCACUGGUGCUGUUGAGAACUUCCCUGCACAGGUGUCUGACACUCAGAAAGCUUUACAAGAACUUUACUACGAAAGAGCCAAGCCACUUGCUCCAGAAUACGACGAAUACGGUAUGAUCAUACCAGAAACGCUUGACAGAACCGAUCCUUGGGAAACAAGAAAUGCUAUUGCUGGUUCAUUACUUACUCUUUCGACACUCUUCAGUGGAAAUGAAGUCGUUGCUCUCUUUGAGUUCUUAAUCACGGGCGAAGCACUUGGUGAUGCUCAUCCAAGUGUUAGAAGAGAGAUGCUUGAAGUCGGUAUCACUGUUAUCGACUCACACGGCAAGAAAUCUCUCCAACAGCUUAUUGAAAUGUUUGAACAAACCCUCAAGCAAACCUCUACGACCGAAAUUCAGGAUAUGGUAUUCGAAGCUGUAGUUAUCUUCUUUGGUAGAUUAGCUAGACAUCUUGAACCAACUGAUGAACGCGUACCAAUUGUCGUUGACAGACUCGUUGAUGCGCUCAAGACACCAUCAGAACUUGUACAAUCUGCCGUAGCCGACUGUUUACCACCGUUGGUACAAGCUAGAUCAGAGCAGAGAGCACCAUUAGUUAAGCAUCUCCUCAACGAGCUCAUCAACGCGGAGAAAUACGCCGCUAGAAGAGGUGCUGCGUAUGGUCUUGCUGGUGUUGUCAAAGGUGCUGGUUUAAGUUCUUUCAAGGAAUUCGACAUUCUUCGCACAUUGAAGAAAUCUGCAGAAGAUAAGAAGAAUAUGCAAGCUAGACAAGGUGCUCUUUUCGCAUUUGAGACUUUGUCAGGUACUCUCGAACGUCUCUUUGAGCCAUGGAUUCCUACCCUUAUGCCAAUCUUGCUCACUUCAUUCGGUGAUUCCGUACCAGAUGUUAGAGAGGCCACACAAGAUGCUGCCAAGGUCAUCAUGAGUAAGAUUAGUGGAUACUGUGUUAAGGUCAUCCUACCAUCAAUGUUAGAAGGUCUUGAAGAAAAACAAUGGAGAACUAAGAAGGGCUCUAUUGAAUUACUCGGUGCGAUGGCUUUCAUGUCUUCAAAGCAAUUAUCUGUUUCAUUGCCUACGAUUAUCCCACAAAUCGCUGACGUUCUUACUGACACUCACUCACAAGUACGUGCAGCUGCGAAUGCUGCACUUAAGCAAUUCGGUGAAGUUAUCAACAACCCAGAAAUCAAGAGUAUGUCAAACAUCCUUAUCAAGGCUCUUGUCGAUCCUACUUCAAAGACGACUGUCGCUUUGACUACACUUCUUAACACUGAUUUCGUUCACUACAUUGAUGCGCCUUCACUUGCACUUGUCAUCCCAAUUGUCGAAAGAGGUUUACGUGAACGUUCAACCGAAAUGAAGAGAAAAUCUACUCAAAUUAUUGGUAAUUUGGCAUCAUUGACCGAUUCAAAGGACUUCUUACCAUACAUGAAGGUUCUCCUUGAACUCGUUCACAACGUUCUCGUUGAUCCUGUUCCUGAAGCUCGUGCUACUGCUGCAAAGACAUUAGGAAGCUUGAUCGAGAGAUUGGGAGAAAACAACUUCCCUAACAUGAUUCCAAGCUUGAUCAGUAUGAUUAGAUCUGAUACUUCAGGUGUUGAUAGACAAGGUGCUGCUCAAGGUUUGGCAGAAGUAUUGAGCGGUUUGGGUAUGGAGAGAAUGGAAUCUCUCCUUCCUUCAUUCUUGGAAGACACCAAACACAGUCGUCCAUAUGUCAGAGAAGGUGCUAUCAGUUUGCUUAUUUACUUGCCAACUACAUUCGGUCACAGAUUUACUGUCCACCUUGGUAGAAUUGUCCAACCAAUUUUAGGUGGUAUUGCUGAUGAAUCUGAGUAUGUCAGAGAAGCAUCUAUGAGAGCAACAAGAAUGAUUAUUGCCAAUUACUCCAACAAAGCUGUUGAUCUUCUCUUACCUGAACUUGAACGUGGAUUAUUCGAUGAAAGCUGGAGAAUCAGAUUAUCAUCUGCUCAACUCAUUGGUGAUCUCUUGUUCAGAAUCACUGGUAUCUCAGGCAAGAUUGAAGUUGAUGAAGAGAAUGAAGAAGAUGAUGGACCAGAGGAUACUUACGGACAAACUGAGUCUGCUAAGAACCAAUUGGUUGAGGUACUUGGUGUUGAUAGACGUAACAAGGUUCUUUCAGCUCUUUACCUCUCACGUUCAGACCAAGCACACGCUGUUAGAAUUGCAACCGUACAAAUCUGGAAGGCAUUGGUACCUAACACUCCAAGAACAGUUAGAGAAAUUAUGCCAACUCUCAUUGAACAAAUCGUUACUAUUCUUGCAAGUGAAUCAUGGGAUAUGCGUGAAACAGCAGCAAGAACAUUGGGUGAAAUUGGUAGAAAACUUGGUGAAAAGAUCUUACAAGAUGUUAUUCCAACCUUGCAAUCAGGUGUUGACUCUAUUUCAGCACAACAUAGGGAAGGUGUUUGUAUCGCAUUCAGUGAGUUACUCAAGAAUGUCGAUGGUGACAAGAUUGAGGCACACUAUAACGCCAUCAUAUCUUCAGUCCGUAAAUGUCUCGUUGAUGAUGACAAGAGAGUUAGAGGUGCAGCCGCUCAAGCAUUUGAUGCUAUGCAAUUACACAUUGGUGGUAGCGCAAUUGAUGAAACGAUUCCAACAUUGGUCGAGGCACUUUCAUCUAAUUCACAAUUAUCUGUAUCCGCAUUAGAGGCAUUGAAGGAGGUUAUGACGGUCAGAUCUGCAACAGUAUUCCCUAUCUUGGUUCCAGAACUCACAUCAUCUCCUAUCACAACUUUCAAGGCGAACGCAAUGGAUUCACUUAUCAAAGUUGCUGGUGAUGCCGUUACGGAGCAAAUCACAAGUAUCCUUCGUGCAUAUGUUCAAGAAUUGGAAAGCAAGCCUGAUGAUGAAGUUAGAGAAGCAAUUGAAAAGGCGUUAUCAAGCAUGUUCAAUGUUGUUGAAGGUAUUGAAGGUCUUAACAUCAUUAUGAUGACUUUAAUUGGCUGGGCUAAGGAUGUCGAAUCUACCAGAAGAGUAUCCGGUAAUAAGCUCUUCACAAUAUUCGCCAAGUCAACAGAAGAGGACUUUGAGUACUACAGAUAUGACUGGUUGAGACAAUUGGUUGGCGCAAUGGAUGAUCCAGUUGACGAGGUAAUCGAAAGUGCAAGAGAAGCUCUUGAUGCGCUCGUCAAAUCAAUACCUAAAGAUGAACUUGAUGAGACUGCCGUUCCAUUGAGAUCUGCAGUUGAAAACCUCGGAUCAUAUGGUAAGACUGUAGCUGGAUUCAGUCGUCCAAGAGGUAUUGCACCACUUAUUCCAAUGCUUUUGGCUGGUUUACUUACUGGAAAUGUCGAACAACGUGAGAAUGCAGCAUACGCAAUUGGAGAUGUUAUUGAAAGAACAGAUGAGGUUAACAUUAAACCAUUUGUUAUUCAAUUGACAGGUCCUCUCAUCAGAAUUCAAGGUGAAAAGGUUGCAUCAUCUAUCAAAUCAGCAAUCUUGCUUACACUCACGAAAUUCCUUCAACGUAUUCCACAGCAUGUCAAGCCAUUCUUCCCACAACUCGGUAGAAUAUUUGACAAAGCGAAGACAGAAGCAGAUAUGCGUGUCGUUUCCCUCAGGGCUGAUGAAGCAAUUGAAGCAUUGGCUCAAGCCAGGGCAAGCAUUGCAGCUAAAUAA